AUGGUGCACCGUGUGUUAUUCUUUCUCGUUUUACUUUUGAGUGUUGAUUCUCUCUGUAUUGCAGCUGCAGAGUCUCAACCUGUACCCCAGGCUGGUUCCAUUUGCAAAGACGGUGAUGGUGUUAGUUGUCCUGCUGGUGCUGCUGGACCCGUUGGUGAACCUGGAAUGUCUGCUUCUGCUCCUGGUGGUCCUUCCGGUGUUCUUACAAGAUCACCUGAUGGUGUUGAAGAUUGUACACAAGGCAAGAAUGGUCCUCCGUGUACUCCUAGCGGUGCUGGAUCUGAAGCUGCUAGUGCUGAGUGUGUGAAACCUUCUGCGGAGGCACGCUGCCCUACCAAUGGUGGUGACGCUCAGGAGAAUUGCACUUCUGGCGACUCUACUUGUCACAAUAAACCACAAGAAGCAGCUCCCGCCAAAACAAGGGAAAAUAGUGGAACCAGUGGUAACGAACGUCAACGUCCCGAUGGUCAAAGUCAUCCUGAAAGUAACGAAGAAGAAGCUGCGGCGGAUGGUGUAUCUGGUGGUGGUGCUUCUUCUUCUUCUGACCAUUCUCCUGCUCCUCAACCUUCUGAGGGGAGUGCUGUUGAGUCUUCAGAUGAUGGUGUACAUGGAAGCAAGGGCAACAAUACACCACGUGAGGGUGAAAAUGGAGAUAACAAUGAAACUGCGGCAACACAACCUUCUGCUGACUCUCCUAACACUUCGCCCACAGUGAGUGGUAAUGGUUCUCAUAAUACAACACCUGGGAAUGACACUGCACCUGCAGGGAGUGAGUCAUCAAAUAGCCAACAAGGUGUGGGAAAUGCAGACAGCAGCAGCAGUAUCAGCAGUUCUGUGUGGGUGCGUGUACCAUUACUGAUUGUGUCUAUGUUCUUCUCCGCUACCGUGUACUGA